AACCGCAACCGCCACAACGUUUGGCUCCGAAAGCUGGCCUGCCACUUGGUCAUCACCACUCACCACAUGUCGCCGGGCAACGGCACCAUGGACGCGCGGAGGCAGAUGAGGCGAAGCUUCAGGUUGCUUGCAGCAGCAGUAGCAGCCCUGGCCUUCAGAAGUCUGGCAUUUCUCCCAGUCUUUGGUGGCGACCAUGGAGUUUCGGAGACCCAAUCUGGUCGGCGUCAAGCCUUGCUGACGGUUGGCCUCCUUGGACUAUCCCUGCAGGCAGGAGAAGCGAAUGCCUACAUGUCGAGGAGAAUAGCAUACCCACCCAUCAACAAAGAAGAUCCCGAUCGAUGCAAGUGGAGAACCUCCAACAUUGCCCAGGCCAAUGCGCAGAGAGAAAAACUUCAAGACUUGCGAGAAUGCAAAAUGGCAGGCACAAACGCCAAUGACAAGGACAUCGCAGGAGCUUUGAUGACCAAGGGAGACUUUACCAAAGUGACCUUCAAGAAUGGCAUCAUGACCAAGGUGGUCGCCCAAGACAGCAACUUUGAGGGUGCCGACUUCACCAAUGCCGUUGCGGACAGGGUUGAGUUCAAGAACUCGAACUUCAAGGGUGCCAUCUUCAAAAAUGCGCUCCUGACCUCGUCCGACUUUGAGGGUGUGAACGUUGAGAACGCAGAUUUUACCGAUGCGUUUUUGGAUAUCCAGAGCGUGAAGAUUCUUUGCAGCAACCCGACCAUGAAAGGCAAGAAUCCUGUCACUGGCGCAGACACCUACCUCAGCGCGGGGUGUGAUAUUGCAGAUGCUGGAUCCUACACCAGCCGAUGAUUUUGCUGAGCCAAUUGUUCCUUCUUCGUUUUGAGAUUUUCGGUUCCACAGGCCCGGUGCAGGUGCUGCACCUGCACCGGGGCACCUGUUUGCGGCAGACGCCGAUUUUCGGUGCCAUCUAUUGGCAUCUCGUCGACAUCAGCACAACAUCAAACAACUGCAGUGCUUAUCAAAGGUAACCACCACUCAUGGCAUGUUGUUUUCACAUGUCUGUGCUGUCCACCAGUACAGACAUUAUACCAGUCGGCCCGUUUUCUCGCAAGAAA